AUGGUUGGAGGAGAAAGAACAACUCACUAUUUAUAUUUUAAUCCCACAUUUUUAACGCACUAUUUAUCCAAAUAUUUACAAUGCAUAGUCUUCCAUACACCAUCACGCACUACAUUUAAGUCAAUCGGGGAUCAGAGCUUUUCAGUAUCAGUAAAGAUGACACCUCGAAAUACAUUCAGCUGCCCAGCUCGUGUUUUUUUUAUCCCUAUUGCUCGCAUUUUGUGUGCCUCUGAGUUAUCGAACAGUACCUUACUGAAGAAUGUCAUCCAUUUCAACGUGAGGCGAGAAAAAAAAGAUUGUGUGCAUAUUUGUAACGCUGAAAUGGGCUUAAAAUGCCAAAAUACUAAAGAAUGUGUGUCGCUCUUAAAAGUUGGUUUGAAUUUCAUGUGCUUUCAAUCAAAGAACCAGGUGAAUCUUCAAGCUGGAUCUGAAAGAGAGAUGCUGGAGUCAACUGGCAAAACAAUGAAGAAGACGCACAAAUUGCAUUGUCUAAUAUUAUACAGGAAAGGCUUUGUUGAUUAUGCUUUUCGGAAAUUGCAAGCCAACUCAGCAAAUUUUGCUCUCAAUAGGCUUUUAAAUGCUUUACAAUACACCGGUUACUUGUAUCAAAAUAAUGUGGGUGCUACCGCUGUUCUAAAUGGCACAUCAACCGGACCGCAAAAUGACGCUGAUCAGAUUUACGCAUCUGGAUACAAAUUGUUAUUCAACUGCAUUGCUGAUGGAGGUGAUGGGUCAUGGCAACGGAUAUAUUCACACCUUUAG